AUGACGCGAGAUAGCCCAGAUUCUAACAACAGCUACAAGCCUACAAACAACGAUAAUACACAAAAGACCUCAUUUGAUAGAAAUUCAUUUGAUUAUAUUGUACGAUCGGGAUUAGCUGGAGGUAUAUCAGGUUCAUGUGCCAAAACACUAAUCGCACCCUUAGAUAGGAUAAAAAUUUUAUUUCAAACAUCCAAUCCACACUACACGAAGUAUGCAGGCUCACUAAUAGGAUUAGUAGAGGCGGCCAAGCAUAUAUGGAUCAAUGAUGGGAUAAGAGGGUUUUUUCAAGGCCAUUCAGCAACCCUUCUAAGGAUUUUCCCAUAUGCUGCUGUCAAGUUUGUUGCUUAUGAACAGAUUAGAAACACCUUGAUUCCCUCAAAAGAGUUUGAAUCACAUUGGAGAAGGUUGGUGAGUGGUUCACUGGCAGGAUUAUGCAGUGUUUUCAUAACAUAUCCGUUGGAUCUUGUGAGGGUUAGGUUAGCAUAUGAAACAGAACAUAAGAGAGUAAAGCUAAGAAUGAUAAUCAAGAAAAUAUAUGCGGAACCAGCUUCAACCACACUAAUCAAAAAUGAUUAUAUUCCUAAUUGGUUUUGUCAUUGGUGUAAUUUUUACAGGGGUUAUGUUCCAACUGUACUUGGAAUGAUUCCAUAUGCAGGUGUGUCAUUUUUUGCUCAUGAUUUACUUCAUGAUGUGCUGAAGAGUCCUUUCUUUGCCCCCUAUUCAGUAUUAGAACUUUCCGAAGAUGAUGAAUUGGAAAGGGUACAGAAAAAGCAGAGGAAACCUUUGCGCACUUGGGCUGAACUGAUCUCUGGUGGUCUAGCUGGUAUGGCCUCCCAAACGGCAGCAUAUCCAUUUGAAAUUAUUAGGAGAAGGCUUCAAGUAAGUGCUUUAUCACCCAAAAAUAUGUAUGAUCAUAAAUUUCAAUCAAUAUCUGAAAUUGCUCAAAUAAUAUUUAGAGAACGUGGAGUACGGGGAUUUUUUGUUGGUCUAAGCAUAGGUUAUAUCAAGGUGACACCUAUGGUUGCGUGUAGUUUUUUCGUCUAUGAAAGAAUGAAAUGGAAUUUUGGCAUUUAA